GAGGACUUAACGUUUUUCCUAUUGGUAAUAUUUUCAGCGCAUAUUACUCACUGAAAAUCUUUUGCUUUUGAAUAUUUUGGCGGCUGAUAAAUUCAUAAUUUCCUCAACUGCUCACUAGAUUCAUCAGAAAUAGGUCAUCUUAUCACAGACCUAUUGACUUUGGCUUGAUCAAUUAAAAUUAUGUAGCUUAGGAUAUAAAUCCUUAUACGCAUUCAUCAAUGAUGGUUUCAACUAUUCAUAAAAUUGUUGCUUAUGCCACUACUGCGCUUAGUAAGGAUACGUCUACGAAUCAAAAUCGUUGAAAGUAUUAGUUACUCAGUAAUGUAAGGAUAGCUCAGAACGAGGAUGAAAGUUGUUUGAUAUUCUUCUUCUUUCUAAAUAAAACAUUGGUGAAGUCACUUAAUCGGGUGAUAGAGUGUUCACGAAUCCUUGUGGAAAAAAGAUCAUAUUAAAGAAUGUUUUGUCAGCGUAAUUGCCAAAGUCGGAAGCCUCGUCUUUUUAUUUAACUCAUGUGGUCUUUUUAAAGACUUCAUUUCAAUCACAAAUAGGUAACGAUUAUAGAUAUCAGUUUCCGUAGAUAAUGUUUAGGCUUAAUUUUCUUCCCCUAUCUUAGUUUCUUCGGUAGUGUUGUUAGUGAAACCGCAUAUGUCCAUAUUGGAUGGAUGCUCAACCAUACGAUGACUCACUAUAUAUUUCAUUCUUUGAAUUUGUUUUUAAGUACCUAUAUGCCGUUAAAUUGCUUAACAACUGGGCAGAUUUUAAGCAGAUAACGCUUUAUUUCAAAAUUUAAUAUCUUAUAUUUGAAACCUUAUUUUUGUUUCACUUUUUUAUGACCAAAUAGUGAUCACAGUUUGACUGUUGUCUUAAACCCAAGUUAUUCUAAAGUAUGUGUGCCAGUCAUGUACACUUCGUGCACCUUUUAACGUUUCGGAGUGUUUUGAAUUUUUAUUCAUUCAAAUAGUAGUUUUCAACUAAAUAAUGACAAUUUCUGGAAUUUAAAACAAAAGUUCUAAUCAAUGCAAAGUGCCGCUGUUAAAAGUUCGGUUCUACUUGUUGUCUGUGGUCAUCAUAAUUGUCUCGCAAUUAAUGUUUAUGUGGAUUAUCGGGAGAUAAUUUAUGAAAAUGUCAAUAUUGUGUUCUAUUUCAUACACUAACUUGCUGAUCAAACCGGAAAAUCCUACGUGUGGCCAUCUCUCUUUCUUUUGCAGAACCAAUGGAACCUCCGCCAAGACUAUACACUUAUGAGGGUCUGUUCUCUGAAAGUCGAUCACUGGACUUAACUUUAAAAAUUUUAUCGACUUUGUUAUCGUUUCUAGUAUUCUUGAUCGCGGUGGCUUGGCAUAUCACAAAAAAGGUGAGUGAUUAUAGUUGCUUGGUUUCAGUUUCGGAGUAUCAUACUAAUCCUCCAGUUGAUAAACGCUUGAAUUUCCAAAGUUUUGACGACCUGUGUAAAAAUGGCGCAUUCUGCUUGACGUCAUCCUCUGCAUCCAGGAAACAAAAGUCUCCAAUUGUAAGAGGCUAUUUAAAUGAUCAAAGGGUGCUGUUUAUCGAAGACUGGAAAGUAAUCAUUCUUUAUAGUCAAUCUCCUCUGUUGGAUUUGCAUUAUUCCCUAGCUCCAAAAUCUUUCAGACGAAAAUGGUAUGGCUUAAUGAUUGCUGAUGAUACAUUACAGUUUAGAUCUGAGUUGAAUGAACUCGUAAUUUUAGCAUUUAAUGCUUUACCAAUUAAAACGUUUGAACGUAUCGGACAUUUGGCAGCUGAUCCUAAAGCCUUCGGUUCUGUGUUGAUUAGCAAUGACUGUGCAACAUUUAAUGAACGUUUAGAUAAAUGGAUAUGUAAUAUAUAUUCAGAAAUAUUCUUCUUUGGUCCAUCUGAGGUAUUUUACGAGUUUGCACCAGACAGUACAUCGUAUUUGCAAAAAGAAAAGUUUAUCUCACAACUAAGAGAACAUAUAACUUCACUUGAACUAUUGCAUACACGUGGAUACUGCAAAAACGCAUCAAAUGUAUUCAAAACUGUCCGAUCACUUUUGAACACUACCUCAUCUUAUGAUGGCAACAAAUUGAUAACUGUGUUUCAUAAUCUUAUUAAUCCACUGAUUCACUAUUAUUUGGAAAAUAUUUAUCUUCAGAAGAACAACCAGAUAACUGAAAGUAAUAACAAUGAUGAUGAUGAUGUAGAACACUCGCAAAGAAACACAAAGUCAACAAACUUGUUGCUUCAACUAAUCAGUACAUACCACGUUUUGAAAGAGGAAGGCAGUUCAAGUGAAUUUCUAACUUUAACACAUAUUAUUCAUGUACUCAGUGAAUGUUGUCUACUAACUAGGUAUACAUUAAACAAAACUCUGAAAGUAUUGUUAAAAAUAUUGGCUGUCAAGCCUAAAUGGCAACAUAACAUAAGGAGAGAAUGCAGACAAUUUUUACAAAUGCGUUAUGAUCAGACUAAGUUAGACUCUUUAUCAUGCAACCACUAUCCAUCGUAUCUCUGCAUGUCCCUAAAGCAUACGCAAUGUUUGGUUUAUACAAAAGCUCUAAUUCAAGAAACACUGCGUUUAUGUUUACUCGGUUGGCCUUUUGGUUGUUUGCGUCAAGCUUUGCGUGAUGGAGAAAUUAUGGGACAAGAUUUUGGUGAAGGUGAACUAGUGCUUUUCGAUGAACCUUCUUACUACUCUGAUUCAGAUUUAUGGACUACAAAUGUAAGUAACGAUGCGAAUGGAGAAACAUGCAUGGAAAAUAAAGCUUAUCAAAUACUUGACCCGAAACGUUUUAUUGAAGAGUUAUCAAAUGAAAACUCAAGUAUGCAAGAGUUGAUUUUACCUGUGCAUUGGGUCCGUAACAUCCUUCAAGGAUAUACUGUAUGCAUACCUCAUCGAUUCAAUUAUUUAUUAUUGACCACAACUCUAGUACACCUAUUUGGAACUGCUUGGGAGUCAUAUGUGAUAGAUGAAACAAUUGAACUUGAACUCAAUGAUGAACCUUUAAAGUGGUCCAAUGAUUUGCCUGAGAUUGACCUUAGAAUUAACUCCUUGUAA